CGCGGAACUUGAAAACCUCGAGAUUCUCUUGUUCACUUCAUUGACCCGCCGUUCAGCUCCUCAUCUGCUCCGCCGCCUCCAUUUUGAGCGGGUUUUUCGCUUGUGAAUACCGGGUGCGAGGCCAUGGCCCAGGCCAAUGCCGCUGGAGGCCCUUCGUCCGCGUCCACUUCCGUGGCUUCGACCGAGAGCCCGUUUCAACGGGCCAAUCCUUACAAUGUGCAUUUGCCGUAUGCCGUGGAAGCCGAAGCCGACCGCUAUUUAGCCGAGAUUAAAGGACGCCUAAAAGCGGCUGUUCAGAGCGACCGCAUCACGGAUCAAGCCAUUCCGGCCGUGGUCAAUCUGCAUAAGUACAUCAUUUUGUACGGCUUGAGAUUCAGCCUGGACGACCACGUGCUCCUCAUCAAGAUCUGUUUCCAGGUGUUGCUCUUGCGGGAUUUGAGUCCUUUGGAUGUGGAGAACGUGGCCAAGAUUCUGAACACGCUUUUGAAGAAGACCUACUUGAUUCACCGGAGUCAACUGACCUUGCCCUGGCGUCCGCUCUUCGAUCUCUACUAUUAUUGGGAGGAAUCCGCUUUGGCCACCCGCGGUCUCGUCAAGGCCAACAGCACUUUGAAGAACACCUUGAACAGCCUGCUCACCUACACUCGUGGUUACUAUUCGGAAGAAGCCACCGAGGAGAUGCUGCAAGAAUGGAAGCCCAUGUUGUGUCCCCACGACACGUCCAUGGUUCCAGCUAUGAAAUAUUUCAAGCUCUUCCUCCCCACGAAACGGAACUAUCCGCCGGAGCGCACCUAUCACUUGUGGCUGGACGAGUUCCUCACGUUGUGGAAAGCCUAUUCCAACAGUCCUAGUUGGGAAGUGGAUCUCUUUGGAUUGCUUUCCCGCUUGAGCUUCUCGAACAUUGGUCGUCUGGAUUGGACGCCGCACGCCAACUUCAUCUUCACCCGCAUUAUGAACGCGCUCAACAUUCCCGUCACGUUCGCGUCCACCGGCGUGAAAUUGCCUUUCGGUUUGUCCAGCACGUCUUCGUACAAUUCCAUAGCGCGCUGGUUGGUCUCGGCCAUUGACGGGGGCGAUGGGCGGAUCUUGCGCUUCUUAGACCGCCUGUUUUUGGCCAUUGAGUCGUACUUCUACCCGGUGAACCUGACCUCAGCCUCGGAUAGCUUGCACUCGUUCAUCUUUUGCAUUUGCGAUUACUUCUGCAAUCGGGUGCACAAUGAGCGCUACAACCGGAAGUGGGAGUGCAAAGUGGAGCCGUCCAAACGUCUGACCGACGAGGACAUCACUCACUUUGUGCGCUCCAUCAAGCCCAUUGCCUUUCAUAUUUUAUUCAGUAAUUACGACGGGGAGCGGCGCACCAUUUUCCGGAUCUUGUCGCUCCUGGCCCCGGAUUUGAUCAUCCCGCCUUUGCUUGAGAAGCUUCAACACGCCACGGAGACUCUGACGGAGCCGCAUCGGUUCACGGCGUGCAUCGGAACCAUUUCAGCCGUGGCCCGCUCCUUGGUCGAGAACUACCCGGAAGAGGUCAUCGGCAUUCUGACCAGCCUGCUGCCCGGCUUGGAUGUGAACGACAUCGAAAAAUGUGCCGACAACUUCAUUCUGAUGUCGGAUACGCUCGAAAUGAUAUGGUUGGUGGAUUUUUCCCGCCCCGAAUCCCGCAAUAGCCAUUGCAAGCUGACCGACACGGAAGCCAAGACCUUGGCGCAGACGUCGUUGCUCGAGGAUUUUGCCCUCCAAUUCACCGACAAGUGUCUCACCUUGAUUGAGAACACGUCCCGUCUUCAAACUCGCCACGAAAUCGAUGUCAUGGAAGAGGAUCUCAACGACGAGGAGCUGGCUGUGGAUUGUGCCGUGGCCGAUACCUUCAGUAAGAUGCUGUGGAAGGCCUCGCCCGAGAUCUUUGAGUUGGUGUUCAAUCGUGUCAAACGCUACAUCCAGAACCGAAUCAUGGAAGCGUACGUCUCCGGAUCCAUACUAGCGGGAAUGUGCAAGAGCCUGGUGUCCGUGCAGCCGGUCAAGGCGUUGCAGUUCUUCGUCCCUCACUUGUGCCAACGCAUCGAGAUUGCCUUGAGUGAGCGGGUUGCCUCCAAUAAGUCGGAUCAGGAGCUUCAGUUUUCCUUACUUUUACUGUCCGAAGUAAUCUCAAUCCGAUCAGUGAACAACUACUUUGCCGGUGGUGAAUAUCUUCUCAUCCACAUCCAAAGACUGUGCGAAGUCUUGGACAAGGUCAUACGCCUUCAGCACAAGGAGGAGUACGAAUUGGCCUUUUCUAUUCUGCAGAACAUCCUGUUCACUCUGGUCCACAUUCGCAUCAUAGAAUAUCCCACCACGUUCAACGUGCCCAAAUGGGAUCGGGAAACGUAUGCUUGGGCCAAGUGUGGAGAUUUGAAGACCAUGAAGAUCCAAUGGUACAUCCCAUCCAAUGCCGUUUUAGCCACGGCACAGACCCUAGUGGAUAAAUAUUUGGCCGUGCCUGUAGAUGAACUUACUCUAUACAUCACGAAGAAGAAAGAUCUUGAGAAAGAGGACGUGCUGCGAAAUUUGCGAAUGAUCUUCAAACUGCUCCAAGGGUGCACUGAGAUCUUGGACGAGAUUGGGACCGACAAGCCCCGAUCAUGUGUGUCGAAAAACAUGGAGGAUCUCAGCCACCUCAAACUGACCUUUCGAGGCAGGAAAGUUCGAGUCGUGGUGUCUGAGCUAAUUCACGAGUUGUUGCACUUCUUGCUCAAGGAGAAUCCACAUGACACGGAAUCUUUGAGUUGCAUCACCAAUCUGUAUGAUACCCUAUUAUUCUCGUUCGGUUUGGAUGAGGACGAAAUCUAUGAGCAUAUGGAGGAGCACCGUACAUUGAAGAAUCACCGAGAAAAUCCCUUGGUGAGAUCCAAGAAGCACUUGGAGUCCAUCCUUAUCGAGAGGAUACUGAUCCAACACGAGUCCCACUUGUGGUUGAAGAGCAUGGUUGUGGAGGAGAACAUUCCUCCCGUGGUUUUGCUAGAUCUCCUCGAAUUGAGCAUUUCCAUGUACAGUGACGUGAGGAGCUACUCUCAAGACAUUCUCUACAAGAUUCUGACCCGUGUGCCGAAGUUCUCGCACCAAGUGAUCCUGCCCCGACUCCUGGAAUGUCUUCAAGAUCGUCCGAACAUCACUCAUCAGAUGUUUAAAGGGGCCUUGUAUCUGAUAGCCAACGACAAAUUGGUGUUCUUUCAUAACUGGGCCAUUGCGGCCAAGAUCUACCCUGCCCUCAUUGAGGCUAGUCACUCCGACAAACCCUCUAUAGUGGAGCUUCUCAAGGACAUUUCCACCAAGAUUAAUCGCUACUACAACGAGUUCGCCCUCUACUCCCUCCCGAUUAGGAGUCCACGGGCCAGUGCCGAGCUUCUAGAACUGCUUAACAGUAAUCGAAAACUAGACCAGGAAAUGGAAACCGAUCACGAGAUCUGCUCCGACUUUCUGGCCCUCGAAAAAUGCCUGCCCCAAAUAUUGGCCCGCUCGGACAUCCAUUGGCGGCAAAGACAAAUGGCCACAGGGCUGGCACUCCUUCCCCUGGUCCCUGGUCACCUACCAUCCGCUCCAAUGGUAGAGAUGUGGCUCCAAGCCUUGAUUUCCGAUGAUCGAGUGAUCCGCAAUAUGGCGUUCCUGGCUCUGGAAUCGAUCUUGAAGAUCGCCAAAAUCAAACGAAAGCGAACUUUCCAGUCGAUAGACAAUCCGGAGAAGACUCUACCGGGCGUGCGAAAAGACAAUGAGUUCUUACAAUUCCGCUGGAUGAAAUCGGGGGAACAACAAGUCUAUUGGGACAAACCGUUCCUCGUGAAGGGCAACCAGGGAUUCUAUCAAUGGCCGAAGCCGGUCAAGAUGCGCCUGCCUGAUGAUUCCCUUCCCAACGAGCCGAAUCACGUCCACGCGCUGUUCUUGCAGUCCUUCUCUAGUACGGACUAUGUGAGCAAGUACAUCCAAUUCAACAAGAUUGAGCACAAGAAGGGCGAGGACACGUUCAGCUCGGACAAGGCACUGUUCUUGAGUAACCUCUUCGAGAACUAUGGGGACUCGUUCAUGGAGGUCUUUAUACCCCAUGUCAAAGAAUUGGCCGUAAGUGCCGAAGAUAGUCACCAGAGGGUGGCAUCUGAGCUAAUCUAUGGCAUGAUUCGGGGAUCGCGUUUCUGGACCUUCGAGAAAGCCCGCAAAGUCGAAGCCGAGCUGAAGCCUCUCCUCAAGGCCGUUUUGGGUAAUAUUACCACGGAGACCGUCUGCGAUUGGGAGUUGUGCAUCAAUGGGUCGUCCUCGCGAUCUGAUUCGAACCGCAUUCAAUGGUUCUACGAGGUCUUGGUGGAUCAGAGCAGUACCCAAGGGAAAGGUGCCUUCUUAGAAGCCACCCACCUGAAGUUGUUGAACAAGUCACUGUCCUUGAACUGGAAGCUCAGACUCUUGUACCAAGAAGCAUUUGAAAGUGCAAAGAAACUCAUCGACCAUCCUUACAACAAGGUGCGGGUCCAGACAUCUUACCUAUUGGCCACCCUUUUGUCCAUGGAUAGUUCUUAUGGCAAUGAAGGCUGGUCCAUGGGCCAAGGCUUCCCGAGCAAGGCCAGUCUAGUUCAAGAGGUUCUUCCCAAGCUCAACUUGAACGUGGCCAAUCCUCAAUUUGAAGAGAACAACAUCAUCGCCAAUGGCAAUGGUCACACCGAGGGACAGGUCAACAAUAUUGGAGGAGGCAACAUGGACGUGGAUAUGGACGAGGAUGACGAGAUGGAAACCCAAUCCGACCGGAUUCUCCAAACCGUGUCCCAGUUCUUGUGCUUCUACAUCCAGAGUACGUCGUCAUCGGUGACGGAGGAGCUCUUCGAGUUCCUGCCGUUCCUUUGCCAGUUUUUGGGCACCGAGUCCAAUAAGAAGGCCAGCCAGACUUGCUUGAAAGCGUUGUGCUUCCUGAGUGUGUCCACCAUUCCCACCAAGGUCCUGCCAAAGAUUUUCGAGGUCAUGAAGAAGAUCUCGCAUUCGCCUUCGCGCAAGGCCAAAAUGUCCAUGUUGGAGUAUCUCCAGACCUUUCUUUUUACCAACUUCAUGUCACUAUGUGACCAGGAGAGUUUUCAGGAACUCACCGAAGAGCUCAUCGUUCAUCUGAUGUCCGACGACGCAGUGCAAGUACGACAAAAGGCCGCCAGGGUCUUGGGAGGCCUGAUCCAUUGCCAUUUCUUCGAGGACAAGGCUCAACUCCGUUUGAUCCGGGAGUUCCGCUCUAAAAUUCGUGCCAAAAUGCAACGCAAACGAGGAGGACCCAAGCCCAAGAUCAAGUUCGUUCGUGAUCCCUCGGGAGACAAGACCAAACUAGCCGAAUUUCAUAGCGGCAUCCUCGGUCUUUGUGCAUUCGUGGAAGCUUAUCCCUAUGAUGUUCCAAAGUUCAUGCCCGAUAUUCUGAUCGAGUUGGAGAAGCAUCUGAAUGACCAACAACCCAUACCCAAGACCAUCAAGAAGACCAUGCAGGAUUUCAAAAGGACCCAUCAAGAUAAUUGGUCUGAACACAAGUUGAAAUUCACCGAGGAUCAAUUAACGUCACUCACGAAUCUGCUCGUCUCGCCCAAUUAUUAUGCAUAAUUGUGGAAUGACCGAACGAGGUGAAGAUGAACCCGAAAUAAAUAUAUGAAACGAGA